AUGAAGAUAAAGCACCGAUCGAAAAUUACAACAGACAUUAUAACCAUCGUACUAAGCGCGCGCAAGGCCACAAGAGCAAUCAAAAAGUUUAUUUGGAGCAGGCUAAAAUUAGACAUGUGCAUAACAGAUGCGCACGAAUAUGAUCUGCUUUCGUAUGUUUUUGGAAAGUGCACAAAAUUCAAGUUUGUUGAAAACAGUGUGCCAAGAAACCGGAUGGUCCUGGUGGAGGAAAUGGUGAGGGCCAACAUGCUGCACAGCUUGCAGCACUCGCCCAACAGAAACAUAGUUAGCUUCAGAAACGCCGUGCUGGCCCAGGCCAAGGACAGGUCCAGAGGCGUCCCCAUUUGUGAAGAAACGCAGGCCCAGCAAGAAGAAGUCAUACGCAGAAACCUACAGGAAAUGGAAACAGGCGGCAAAGAAACAGUCAAGGGCCGGCUGUCCAGACACAUACAAACCAUUUUGUACAAACUGAGCACAAUUGGAAAUAUAUGCAGCCCGCAUGCAGACAAAUACAUAAACAUUAUGCACAUGCACAUGCGCGAGCACGAUGCACACAUGCGGCUGAAAAACUCCGCAUACUUGAAAGCCCGCCUGGAAAAAGUGUGCAAGCGGCAUGAGAAGAAAAAUGGAGUGGGGGCAUGGGACGAAACGAUGUACAGCCUGAGCCAGCUGUAUCUCACGGUGUUUGGCGAAAGAGACGCCAUCCUGGACACGAUUUUUGACGCCAUUGGCUCCCGAAAAGAGCUGAGGGUCAAACAAACCGAUGCGUUUCGCAUGACCCAGUGCCUAGGCCUCAAGUGGUACAUUCCCAUAAUCAGAAGUGUUAACUAUCACAGAAAUCGCAUAGUCCAGGAAACUGAUUUUUAUUUUCAGAUGAUGAAAGGCGUGCAUGGCAUGCCCAUACUGUGGACUCCUGGCGCCAAAGCUCCAGAGGGACAUAUAGCGCAAGCUAAGUCUAGCCCCGACGGCAUACAAGCGUUCAAGGCCACCGUUAGCCAGGCCCUGCUCUCGGCGCUGUUUGAGAGCCUGAACCAACCCGCAAAGGCUGAGUGCGUGCAGAUCCCCUCCGAGGACCUGGAUUGCUCGGGCGAAAAGGCUUCGGAGAGCGCUUCUGUCGCUGAGACGCCCGCAGAAAUCCCGCCCGAGGACCCGAACAUACUAAAACUUCUCUCGUCUCUGGAUGUUUCUCAAAGGAUGUAUGUUUUCGAAAAAGCGCACCGAUAUGCGCGCGCCCUCCGAGUUGAGCUGGUGACCCCUCGGGCGCUUUCCUCUGCACAUAGGCUAGUUCAGAGCGCGUGGGUGUAUGUUUUUUUGCUGAGCACUCUGAUUGUGGCUUUUGCCGCGUCUAUUGCGCUGCUGGUAUGUAGGGAUAUUUUUCUGUAA